AUGCUAUCGACUGUUGCACUUAACAAACUGCGGACCACUUGGCUACGAAACCGCGAGGUUGGAACGGCCUUACGUGCCAAAUUAUACAAUGCUUUUAUUAAACCCAUACUUUUGUACAACGGAGGAACAUGGGGAAUAUCUGAGUCUGAAUCAAAAUCUCUUGAUGCAUUCCAUAGAAGACAGUUAAGAAUUCUUAUUGGCAUCAACUGGCCAAAGAAAAUCAAGAACUCCACCCUAUACAAUAUCUGCAACAGCAGACCCGUCAGUGUGGACAUUACCGAAGCACGUUGGCGCCUAUGGGGCCACAUUCUAAGACUCGACCAGGAUGUCUAUGCUAACUGGGCAAUGGAAUCAUAUUACGCAAAGGACGAAAGAUCUGCGUCCCGAGGACGCCCACGAAAUACAUUACCUAUUGUAAUCUCAAAGAACUACAACGCGUUAAAGACAAAUGAAAAUGGAGACGACCUAGAUACUCUCAGGAGUAUAGCAUACAACCGCACAUCAUGGAAAAUUAUGACCGAAAAGAUAGUCUCAUAUGUGGCACAUGUGGGAACUUAA